AUGUCGUCUAAUUGUACACACAACCCACAACUUUCACAGUCUGUGGUUGAAAGAAGCACGUUGACUAAUCUUCAGUGUGCGUUACUGGCGUUUCUUUCCAUUCGUGCAAAUGUUAUAAUUGCCAAGCCACAGAAGUCGACCAAAUUUAGUAAACAGUUUUUAGUCCUCCGUCAGAUCAAUUUCACUGAUGAAAAUUUCAUAUUUGACGUCAACACUUUUGUUACAAAAAGAAUACAAGAUCGGAUGAAUAUCAUGCGUACAAUGGGAUUAUCAGAUAAAACCGCAUAUCGAAAAACAAUGAACUUUAAAAAGAGAGAAGUUUUAGAAGUAUUAGAGGACUUGUUAUUUGAGGAGGGAUUCAUCGUGUUAUAUCAAAAAAUUAAUAGAGAAGGUGUAAGAGGAGAUAUCUCAAUCAAAAUGCCCAAUGGAAAAGUUAUUGGUAAAGAAAUAAUUAUGAAACUUGGAAAUAACGUUUGGGACUUUUGUCUGCAAAAAUUUAAAAAAUCCAAAAAAAUUGUUCUUAAUUCGGAAAAUGUGUUGGGGCUGAUUCAUGACGCUUAUUGUGUUGAAUAA